UGCAUACCGUUGCACAAUGCGCAUACGCGGCUCUGGGUGAGAAGUAUGAUAGCUAGCUAGCUAUUCCUCCCCCAUCACACGGGCUCAACUCUAGCCAAUCUGUCACUGUGAACGUUGAAAACGUUUAUUUGUACCUGCCUAGCAACGUAGCUAGCUAGUUUCAAUGUAACUAUGAGCUAACGUUAGCUAGGUCGCAAGUUAGCUUGAAUUGCUGCAGUGGCAGUUUGGGAAGGAAGAAGCAGCUACUCGGCAGUCCAAGCCGCCAAACACAACCUCUAGCGACCUGUCUGACACUGACGAGUGAUGGAGGCCCCACCAGUCUCAGUGCUGCCCAUUACGGGGGGCACAAUUAACAUGAUGGAGUACCUGUUGCAAGGCAGCGUCUUGGACCAGGCCCUCGAAAGCCUAUUGCACCGCCUCCGGGGCCUUUGUGACAACAUGGAACCCGAGACGUUUGCUGACCAUGAGCUGGUCUACCUCCUGAAGGGCCAGCAGGGCAACCCGUUCCUGUUGCGAGCCCGCCGCUCCCUCUCCCACCCCACAGUGCCCUGGCACCUGCGCUACCUGGGCCAGCCGGAGGUGGGUGACAAGUCCCGCCACGCGCUGGUUCGCAACUGUGUGGAUGUGGCCGCCUCGCACAGCCUGCCCGACUUCCUCAAUGAAAUGGGCUUCCGCAUGGACCACGAGUUCGUAGCCAAGGGCCACAUUUUCCGCAAAGGCGUGCUCAAAGUGGUGGUGAGUAAACUGUCUCGCAUCCUGGUCCCCGAGAAUACAGAGAACACUGAGCCGCUGUCACUCUCCUACCUGGUGGAGCUGAGUGUAUUGGUCCCCGCGGGCCAGGAUACCAUGUCAGAGGACAUGCGCAGCUUCGCUGAGCAGCUCAAGCCCCUGGUUCACCUGGAGAAGAUUGACCCCAAGAGACACAUGUAAGAAGGAGUGUUUUAUGAUGAGCCUCUGUUGGCUGUCAUGGACAAAGUGUAGUUUUUAUUAAAACAUAUAUUUUUUUCAUGGGACUUAUUUUUGUAUGAUUCCUAUGAGAAAGCGCUUUCCCACAGUCCUUUGUCUCUGUGAAUGAACUCUAGAUCUCACAAUCUUGAUGCGUGUCUCGUACAUUUGGAGAAGGACCAUCUGUCAUUUGGAUGUUAGUGGUGUUUGACAAGGACUUCACAGGAGGUUUAUGACAUAACUAACAUGGACGAUGUGACAAAUGAGGCUUUGAAUUAGUUAAUAAAUAACAAUGUUUCUAUUCACAGUGCCGGACUCUUAGAACAUACGUUUUGUGUGGUGCUGAUAGUGCUAUGUUCUGUCUUGGAGAUGUUUUAAGAAAUGCACAGAGCUAUAGUGUUUAUUUAAAAUUAUUUUUCUCAACUCAACAGUGUCCUCUUGGUUUGCAGCAUUCAGCAGGUGCGAGUGCAGCAGGACACAACAUCGUGGAAUGUUCAGACAGGCCAGUUUGUUCUAAUCUACAUAUUCACAACAUAUUCUGACAUGUAGAAUAAUAUAUCAUUACAUUUAAGUCGUUUAGCAGAUGCUCUUAUUCAAAGCGACUUACAGAUGCAAUUGGGCAUGCCUUAAGGACACAUCGACAGAUUUUCCACUGGCUCGGGGAAUCAAACCAGCAAACUUUCGGUUACUGGCCCAACGCCCAUACCUGCCGCCCCAUCAUUCCAGCUCUAUUAAUAACAUUUCUAUCUGCAACAUUCCCCAAUGUUUGUCUUCUAAAUGUGACCCUGAUGACAGGUGCCAUUUCCAAUGUUUACCACUAGAGAGCUCUCCUACUCUAUUUGUAAAAACAGCCUUUCUGGUUAGAGCCAGUUAUAUCUGGACCUCGGAUCAUCUACACAUGAGCCGUGGUUGCCAUGGUAAUAAUUAGCCACGAGAUCUGCACCUCUCAUCCCACAAUUCUAAUUAGCUUUUUCAAUUGCUUAAUGAUAUAUAUAUACCUGUGAAAGCUUUUCCUUUCUUCCUCUCACAAAAGCAUUGAUUUCCCUUCCCCUCUCACUUCUCUUAACCCAUUAGUACAUCAAUGGCAACCUAUGCGGAGGGAGGCUCUUAUAAGUACAAGACCUGAGGCCUCAGGUUGUUUAAUCUACAGUCAUAAUUUCAAAAUGGUCUUGUCUCCAUUGUGUCAUCACGUCCGUUCUUGGCUAGAGAUCAGUUUUCCUCUGAUGCCCUCCCAUAUACAGUGCAUUCGGAAAGUAUUCAGACCCCGUCACUAUUUCCACAUUUUGUUAUGUUACAGCCUUAUUCUAAAAUUGAUUUAAAUGCAUUUUUUCCUCAAUCUACUCACAAUACCCCAGAAUGACAAAGCGAAAACAGGUUUUUCGAAAUGUUUUUACAUUUAUUAAACAUAAAAACAUAUUGUUUACAUAGGUUUUCAGACCCUUUGCUAUGAGACUUGAAAUUGAGCUCAGGUGCAUCCUGUUUCCAUUGAUCAUCCUUGAGACGUUUCUACAACUUGAUUAGAGCACCUGUGGUAAAUUCAAUUGAUUGGACAUGAUUUGGAAAGGCACACACCUGUCUACAUAAGGUCGCACAGUUGACAGUGCAUGUCAGAGAAAAAAAAUCAGAGCUUCUCUGUGGAGAUGGUUGUCCUUCUGGAAGGUACUCCCAUCUCUGCAGCACUCCACCAAUCAGGCCUUUAUGGUAGAGUGGUCAGACGGAAGCCACUCCUCAGUAAAAGGGCACAUGACUGACCACUUGGAGUUUGCCAAAAGGCACCAAAAGGACUCUCAGACCAUGAAAAAACAGAUUCUCUUGUCUGAUGAAGCCAAGAUUGAAAUCUUUGGCCUGAAUGCCAAGCGUCACGUCUGGAGGAAACCUGGCACCAUCGCUUCGGUGAAGCAUGGUGGUGGCAGCAUCUUGCUGUGGCAGGUACUGGGAGACUAGUCAGGAUCGAGGGAAAGAUGAACGGAGCAAAGUACAGAGAGAUCCUUGAUGAAAACCUGCUACAGAGCACUCAGGACCUAAGACUGGGGCAAAGGUUCACCUUCCAACAGGACAACGACCCUAAGCAUACAGCCAAGACAAUGCAGGAGUGGCUUCGGGACAAGUCUCCCUAAUGUCUUUGAGUGGCUCAGCCAGAGCCCGGACUUGAACCCGAUCGAACAUCUCUGGAGAGACCUGAAAAUAGCUGUGCAGCGACACUCCCUAUCCAACCUGACAGAACUUGAGAGGAUCUACAGAGAAGAAUGGGAGAAACUCCCCGGUGUGCCAAGCUUGUAGUGUCAUACCCAAGAAGGCUCGAGGCUGUAAUCGCUCCCAAAGGUGCUUAAACAGAGUAAAGGGUCUGAAUACUCACAGUACCAGUCAAAAGUUUGUACACAGUGUCACCAGCAAAGCACCAUUACACAACCACCUCCAUGCUUCACGGUUGGAACUACACAUGCGGAGAUCAUCCGUUCACAUACGCUGCGUCUCACAAAGACAUGGCAGUUGGAACCAAAAAUCUCAAAUUUGGACUCAUCAGACCAAAGGAAGGAUUUCCACCGGUCCAAUGUCCAUUGCUCAUGUUUCUUGGCCCAAGCAAGUCUCUUCUUCUUGUUGGUGUCCUUUAGUAAUGGUUUAUUUGCAUAAAUUCAACCAUGAAGGCCUGAUUCAUGCAGUCUCCUCUGAACAGUUGAUGUUGAGAUGUGUCUGUUACUUGACCUCUGAAGCAUUUAUUUGGGCUGCAAUUUCUGAAGCUGGUAACUCUAAACGUAUCCUCUGCAGCAGAGGCAACUUGCGGUCUUCCUGUCCUGUGGCGGUCCUUAUGAAAGCCAGUUUUUUCAUAGCGCUUGAUGUUUUUUGUGACUGCACUUGAAGAAACUAUCAAAGUUCUUGAAAUGUCUUAAUGUAAUGAUGGACUGUCAUUUCUCUGCUUAUUUGAGCUGUUCUUGCCAUAAUAUGAACUUGGUAUUUUACCAAAUAAGGCUUUCUUCUGUAUACCACCCACAACACAACUGAUUGGCUCAAAUGUAUUAAGAAGGAAAGAAAUUCCACAAAUUAACUUUUAAACAAGGCACACCUGUUAAUUGAAAUGCAUUCCAGGUGACUACCUAAUGAAGCUGAUUGAGAGAAUGCCAAGGAUGUGCAAAGCUGUCAUCAAGGCAACGGUUGGCUACUUUGAAGAAUAUCAAAUCUAAAAUAUAUUUUGAUUUGUUUAACACUUUUUUGCUUCCUAUAUGAUUCAGUAAGUGUUAUUUCAUAGUGUUGAACAAUGUAGAAAAUAGUAAAAAUAAAGAAAAACCCUUGAAUGUG